AAUCAAGAUUUAUUUUAUUUUUACUGAGAUAAAAUUGAAUCUUCACUCUUAAGGUUGGUUACAUCAGAAAUGUAAGUGCUGUGUCAUUGUCAUUUCUUAUUUUGGCCCACAUAAACAGACUUCAGCAGACAUGCUCUCUGUGUCACAUGGUUAACAGUGGGAUGUCUCUAGUGUAGGUUAUUCUUCUAGGAGAAAAGAUUGGUCAAGAAAUGAGACAGGCUGGAAUCUGUUUAUAGAUCUGAAAUGCGUUCAGUCCUGAAAAUGAGUUCCCUGGCUAGCUCCUGCAUUUGCAGUGGUGCAGAAUGGCGGACCUCAGUCUCGCAGAUGCAUUAACAGAGCCGCCUCCAGAAAUUGAGGAAGAGAUAAAGCGGGACUUCAUUGCCACACUGGAGGCUGAGGCCUAUGAUGAUGUUGUGGGGGAAACAGUUGGAAAAACAGAAUAUAUUCCUCUCCUGGAUGUUGAUGAAAAAACUGGGAAUUCAGAGUCAAAGAAGAAACGCCCAGAUACCAGCCAGGUUGAAGGUACUCCGUCUUCCAAACCAACAGUCCUAGCCAAUGGUGAUCAUGGAAUAGAAGGGAUUAAUACUACAGGGACUCCAGCUGAAUUCCUUGAAGAGAAAAUGGCCUACCAAGAAUAUGAAAACAGCCAGAAUUGGCCAGAAGAUACAGACUUUUAUUUCCAGCCUCAGCAAGUGGUGAAUCCUAUCCAGCCUGGUAUGUUUUCCUAUGACAUGUUUGCUUCCACAGCUGUGGUACCUCAGGAGUGGUCUGUGGGAGCCCCAAGCUUUCCAUCAGAGUCCUUUGUUACCCCUGAAGUCCUUGCAGAGCCUUCACAGCCAACAGCUCUAGCCAAAGAAGUAGAAAUGCCAUCAAUAGAGGACCAGCCACCAACAAAAACAUUGGAAAUGAUUGAACAGAAGACCACUGCCAUGGUACCAUCUGGAAGAACUGAGGUGGUCCCAGAUAAGGAGAUGGAAUCAAGUACAGAAAUGGAGAUGGCAUUAGCUAAAGACAAGGAUGAACCCACCCAAUCAGAAGUGACACUGGCCAAGGAUAUGCUGUCAUCCAUCAAAUCAGAUCCAUUCCUGGCCCAAAACAUGGUACUACCCACAGAAACAGAAGCUGCUGCAGUGAAUGAUGUCCUGUUACUUGCAGAGACAGAUGUGUCUUCAGCCAAGAAAGUAUUAUUGCCUACAGAAACAGAGGUAGCCCCAGGAAAGGAUGGGAUACCAUUGAAAGAAGCAGAGAUUGCCCCUUCUAUACAAGUGGAUUUGGGUCCACAUGAUGACAAGGUACCACUCAAAGAAGCAGAAAUAGCCCCAGACAUGGGUAUGGUAUCAGUCUCAGAAAUAGAGGAAGCACUGGCUAAGGACACUCCAUCAGCCACAGAAAAACCCUCAGCUGAGGAAAUGACUUUGCCCUUAGAGACAGAGGUGGCCCUGGAAAGAGAUAUAACACUGUCUCCUGAUACCUCGCUUGUCUUAACCAAGGAGGGAUCAGAAGUGUCUCUGGUCAAGGGCAUGACUCCAUCCCCAGAAACAGAAAUGGCUCUGCCCCCAGAAGCCAAAGCUGGCCAAGUUGAGGACAUACAUACAUUCUCUGGACCAGAAAUGGACCUGAACAAGGAUAUCACUACACCCCCAGAAGAAACAGAGAUGACCCUGAGAGAUGAUUUGACCCCACCCCCAGAAAAAAAGGAAGCUUCCACCAAGGACCUGCCUCUGCUUCCAGAAACAGAGGGAGCUCUGGUCAGGGAUGUGCUUCUGUCCCCUGGAACAGAGGUGACCCUUGCCAACACUGUGACUCCAGCCAAGAAUGUCGCCCCACCCCCAGAAACAGAGGUGACACCGGUUGUGAUUAAAGACAUGGAUAUUGCACAGACCCAAGGAGAAGUAAGUGAGGAUUCCCAGAUCGAAUCUCCUCAGCACGAGAGACAGUCACUGGCAACUUCUUGUGUGAUUUCACCAGAACCAGGCCAACAAUAUAAUUUGCCAACAGAUGAAAACUCUCCAUCAGAGAAAUUAGAGCAAAAGGAACCACUCAGCAGUCAGCCUUCUGAACUUCCUUCAGAGACCUCAGGUACCCCUCUCAUGCCAGGCAAGUCAGCUUGCAGACCCAAUGACCGCAGGUCAACCCGGUCCAAGCCUGCCAGGGUCCCUUCUGAGCUGCUGGGAGGCUCUCAUCCAUGGAAGAUUCCAGACCCCAGGCUGGGCCCCUGCCCUUUUUCUGAGUUGGGUUGGGUCUCUGGUUCCUAUAGCGAGCCCGGGAACCAAAGGAAAAGUACUCCUGCUGCCUUGCUUGGAUCCCAGAGAGAGCCUGACAGGGAGGCCUGGGAUGGAGAAGGCUUGCCAAUGACUGUGAAGAAAAAGAAAAAGAAACCAAAGCAAAAGAGAUAUCCUCAACCCCGGGGUGGAGGCCGUUGGGAAGAGGACACUGCCGAGGAGCCCAGAUGGCAUCCCUUUGCAGCUGGCCAUCAUCAAUCAGGUACUGUCUCCAGCCAGCCUCCCACUGUGGGCUCUGAAUAUGGACUUGGACCCAAACCCACUCUGCAAAGCGAACAUACAGGCGACUCCACAGCAGGCAAACUGGUGGGCAAACACUUUCUCUCAGAGAGUCUCAAACCUGCUUUAUGUCCAGAAGGAGCUCCAAAACCCGCAGUCAGUUUGAGAGUAGAAGAAGAGGGCAAAGGGAACAAGAAGUCAGUCCCCGAGCAACAAGAUAAGCAAUUAUUGAAGCAAAGUGAACACAAACUACAACAUGCAUCCCACCCCAAAACCCCUGUGGAGACAGAUCACAUAGUAGACCCUUCUAGUCUGAAAGGACCCCUGGAAGAAGAUAGGACACACGGAGUGGAAACACCCUUGAAGAUUAGACCCAAAGAAGGUUGCUCUCCCAUCUUGGCCCAAGAGGUCAAGGAUAGAGUUUCAAAGCCCACAGCAGUGAAAGAACUACCUAAUGCAAUACCCAUUCCGACAGCAAGUAAUCCACUAGACCAUAGUGUAGCAGAAGGGAAGGAUGAAAGUAAAAUGACUCAAGUGCAGAAUGUCAAACAGAAAGAGUCUCCUGAAGGCACUAAGUUGGUUAAAGAAGUUACAAAGGAAGCAUUUCCCAAGCAAAGAGAAGAAAUCAAUGUAUUCGCCCCUGAGCUGAAAGAUCAAGUGUUAAUGCAGGCGUCUGGUCUAGGGGAUGAGCCGUUUAAGAGAAUGAUGGGUGAGGGCAAAGGCAGGAAGGGAAAGGGGAGCUCUGGGAAAGUGAGAGUGAGCUCUGGGAAGGUAAGAGAAAAAUCUCAGGUGCCAUUUCUUCUGGGCAAUGAGAAGGAUGGAAGUGCUAUUCUCGUGCCAAGUGAGCCAGUCCCUGGCAUUGAAACCGUGACUACUGAAGAUAAGAGGGAGGAGCCAGCAAGCACCAUCGCUGGUUUCGCUGAGACAGGGGUGAGUGGGGUGGCAAAGGGGGCAGGUAAUCCUGAGCUGGGAAGCACCCUGCAGGAAUUGAUCGCUCUGGGCAAUGGUUCAGGUUUGACUCAGACUUGUGAUGCCAGGACAGAAAGUGGAGCCACAGUUAGAAAUGUGGAUGUCAGCAAUCAGAGCAAGGAAGGAAUGGGUCCUUGGAGAGACCAUGAGUCAACUCCUUGGAUUUCUGAGAAGCCUAAAAAGAGGAGCCAUGAAGGCAAAAACAAAAAAGCUAAAAGUAGUUAUCCCAUACAGCCUGCCAGAAUGGAGGGCAAGGAGGAGAUCCUCAGCCUCCCUUUUGUAGGCAAGGAUGAUGGAGUUGGAAGUAGCGUUGCCCAUAAAAACAAGGAAUUAGGACUGAUUUCUCCAGAAAGGCAUGAUCCUUUGUUCUCACAUAUACCAGAUACACCCCCUGUAGAAGUUGACAAAAAAUGCAAAAACCUGGAGGCUAAUUCUGUUGACCUUGGGGCACUGAAGGGAAAGAAAACUGACAUUGUCAAGGAUUCUUCAGUUACUGAAGCAGCAGUCCAGGGGACAGAUGGGAGCUGUCAAGACCACACUCAGCCAGCAGCAUUUGUUCCCUCCGUAGUAUUGAAGGAGAACAAAAUAGAGGCAGCCCAGGGACACACCGCCAUGGCUGAGGAAACCAAUAAGAGGAGUAAUGAUGGGACCUGUAAAAAGGUUAAAAAUAGUUUUCCCAAGAAGCACAUUCUGGAGCCUAAGACAGAUGCAAUAAAAAUACACGUUCCCAUGGAAACCACAGGGGACCACAGAAUUGAAGGAAUGGGCUAUGUCGAUGAAAAUAGAAAUAUCACAUUUACCUGUCUGGGAAUACCAUCAGGGCCUGUGAAUAAGUCAGUACCUCUAGAGGCUGUGGACUCUGCUGCAGCCUGUGAAAAACAGCCCAAGCCUAGUGCUCAGGUAGUAAAGGAGGAGGAUACUUUGCCAGACACUUCCAUACGAAGUAGGCAAGAAAGAGCCCCAGCCCAGAUUUCCCAAUUAUUAGAAAAGACCUGCAAGAAAGAUGGCGUCCCAGGACCAGAAAGAUCCGAGGCUCCCCUUGCUAUUAAGCCUUCUACUAGUACAGAAGGACUUUGUCAGCCUUUUCCCGCAGCCAGAGAAAGGGUUAACAGUCAGGGAGAUGACUGUCCUAAAAGUAAAGGUGAGCUUGCUGAUCUCAGGAAAAAUGAAACAGGGGUAGAGGAAGGGCGUGUGCCCGGGGAGUCCGAGUCAUUGCACUGUGCUGCCACUAAGCAUUCGACACAGCAAGUCGCAGAGCCAGCAGAAGGGCCCUUUCUUCCCAGAGUUCCUCCAGCAGCCCAGAGCGUGGAAAGAGAGGUCAGGGUGCAAGAGGCACCCCCAGUAAAUGCAGAGGAGAGCAAGAAAGGCCCCAUUCUAGCUCCAGAUCCUGAUCUAGUGGGAGACAAAGCACAACAGCUUAGCUUCUGUGAGGUCCAAAAGGCUAAAACGAAAGAUGUCAGCAGUCCACAAAGUUUAUUGAAUAACGAGGUAGCUAUGACUCUUUUCCCUCCAAAGAGUGAACAGGAUAAGUUGAAAGAACUUAGUGUGGCUUGUAAAGACAAAGACAAAGCCUUGGGAUGUGGGUCCAUGCCGACCCCAGAACUCCAGGCUGAAGUUCCUCCUUCAGGCCAGAUGGGUAAGGUCCUCGAGACUGCUUCCAAGGCUCUCCCACUCCCAGACCUCAAAGAGAACACUAUGGAAGUCCCCCCAAAAAUGACAGAACCAUCGGAACCCAAGAAGUUACUAGGUGAAGGGAAGAAAGAAGAUAAAACCAAAAUGGCAGAAGCAUUGAAAGGCUACAUGAGACCUACUAAAUCGCGAGGACUUACGCCAGUGGUGCCAAAGUCUGCAAACCUGGAGAGAGAGAGAUCCAAGCCCAUCAAGUCCAGUGGACUAGCCAGGCCAGAAGAAGGAAAAGCUGCUGCGAGUGUGACUGGAAAUGACAUCACUACUCCCCCAAACAAGGAGCUCCCCCCAAGUCCUGAGAAGAAAGCAAAGCCUUUGGCCACCACUCAACCUGCAAAGACUUCAACAUCGAAAGUCAAAACCCAGUCCACUUCUGUCCCUAAGCAGCCAUCUCGCACCACCGCUGGUGGGUUGAAUAAAAAACCCAUGAGCCUCGCUUCAGGCUCCGUACCAGCCGCCCCACCCAAACGCCCCACCACAGCCACUGCCAAGCCGUCCACCUUACCUACCAGAGAUGGGAAGCCAAAGCCUGUUGCAGAGGCAAAGAUUCCUGAGAAACGGCCGUUAUCAUCCAAGCCUGCCUCUGCUCCAGCCCUCAGAUCUGCACCCAAGAGUACCUCGACGGUCUCCAAAGCCGCAUCACCUGCCGCUCUUGUGUCAUCUGGGCCAAGCAGUAGAAGCCCCCCCACACCCCUGUCCAAGAGGCCCACCUCCAUCAAGACAGAGGGCAAACCUACAGAUGUUAAGAAGAUGACUGCAAAGUCUGUACCAGCUGACUUGAGUCGCUCAAGGAGUACCUCGACCAAUUCCGUGAAGAGAGCUGCCACGCCUGCGGGGACGAUGCCCCCAGCUCCCACUCAAGCCAAGCGCACCUCCGCCCCUCCCCGGCCCUCGGUGCCCGCUGCCGUGGAUAAGAAACCCAUCCCCGCCAAGGCCAGCUCCUCUGCCCCCAAGCUGAGCUCGCUGGCCACCAAUGCCUCCGCCCCCGCCCCGGAUCUGAAGAAUGUCCGAUCCAAAAUUGGCUCCACAGAAAACAUCAAGCACCAGCCCGGAGGAGGCCGGGCCAAGGUAGAGAAAAAGUCAGAGGCAGCUGCCCCAGCUGGACACACAGUCACUAAAACAGCCAGCCCCAUUGCAAGCACACAGAAGCCACCUGCUGGCAAAGUCCAGAUAGUCUCCAAAAAAGUGAGCUACAGCCAUAUUCAAUCCAAGUGUGGUUCCAAGGACAAUAUUAAGCAUGUCCCGGGAGGGGGUAAUGUGCAGAUUCAGAACAAGAAAGUGGACAUCUCCAAGGUCUCCUCCAAGUGUGGGUCCAAGGCCAACAUCAGGCAUAAGCCUGGUGGAGGAGAUGUGAAGAUUGAGAGUCAGAAGUUGAACUUCAAAGAGAAGGCCCAGGCCAAAGUGGGAUCCCUGGAUAAUGUCGGCCACCUACCCGCAGGCGGCGCCGUGAAGACUGAGGGCGGUGGCAGCGAGGCCCCUCUGUGCCCGGGCCCUCCCGCUGGGGAGGCGCCUGCCAUCCCGGAGGCCGUGCUGGAAGCGGGCACCCCUACUUCCGCCAGUGGCCUCAGUGGCCCCACCACCCUGUCAGGGGGUGGUGACCAAAGGGAGGCCCAGACCUUGGACAGCCAGAUCCAGGAGACAAGCUUCUAACGCUGACAUUCUGGUCUCGUCUCGUCCUCCCUCUCGUCUCCCCCAUUUCCCUUUCCCUUCCCUCCUCCUCCCGUGUCACUGCAGAUUGAGACCUACAGGCUGACGUUCCGGGCAAACGCCAGGGCGCGCACCGACCACGGGGCUGACAUUGUCUCCCGGGCCCUCGGCGCCUUUCCCCGGGCUGUGCACUAGGCCCGUGAGCCCGCCCGCUAGGCCCCGCCCCCUGCCGCCCCGCUAGGCCGCGCUGGCCACGCCCCGACACGCCCCCUUCCCAAUCGCCUCCGCCCGGCUUGCUCUGGGCCCGCGGUGGCUCCGCCCCUAGCUCCGCCCCGCCAGGGCCCCAGCUCCCCGCUUAGCUCCCGCUUAGCUCCCCCUAGCUCCUCGCCCGUCACUUGCACUGUCGUAGCUCCGGUGGAGAAGGCAACGGAGAGGGGCUGGGACCACGCGGGUUCCAGGAGGGAGAACCGGGUUCCAAUCUCCUUCGUUUGGUUUUCUGGACCAAACCCCCAAAGAAACGGACAUGAUGUCCUCUCCUUGUCCCUGGGUGAGCCUAGAGGUAGACUCCACCCCCCGCCCCCCACCGCGCCGGCCACCAGGCCCUCUUGCUGCCCUGCCCCAGGUUAGUUAGGGGGACCAGUGUUGCCUGUCCCGCUGCUUGCCAUACCUACCUAGCUGCUGGCACUCCCCCCCCCUUGUUUUAUUCUAUAUAUAUAUAUAUAUAUUUCCCCUAAUAACCUAUAAACUGGUGACGUAGUUUGCAGGCUGAAGCCAUGUCUAAGUGAGAGUCCUCAGUAGGUGAGAAGGGAGACGGGGAGGGAAGAGCCUGAGUCUCCGUGGCGGAGGCUGGCCUGUGUUGGGGGGCUGCCUGGGCUUGGCUCGGGGCAGCCUCUUGGAGCCCUGGAGGCACUGUGGGGCGGGAAACGGGGUGUGGGCUGCGGCCUCGUCAGCGGGCACAGUGGAGCUGGUCAGCGUGGACUGCUGGAGUGGGCACUGGGUGUGGAUGCUGCUUUUUCUAACCAAGAGGCUGGUUUGGGCAUCGUGUCUGUGUCGUUCCUGGGGAUCGGAAGGUCAGCCUUGGGGAUGAAGCCCGGGCCAGGGGAGGCCACCACCAUUCCUGUCCCCAAGUUGCAGGCGCAGGCACCCAACCCUAGUCUGGUGGGGUGCCUGCCUCAGAGGUCCAGAACGCGCGUGGACACUGAGUCAGGUCUGGACAUGGAAACUAAGUUAACACAAGGCCGAGGCUGACGUGGGCAUGGGAGAGUUGGAGGGCGGCCACUCCUAGGGUGGCCGCAGCGAGGGAAGGUCCCGGGGUCGCAUCAACACAUGAUUUUUAUUGCACUUGUAUUUUUUUUUGUAUUAAAGUUUGCAUGGUUUCUAAUAAAGCAUUAAAACCCGA